AUGCAGUUCCUUACUUCAUUCUUCUUCGCGAUUGUUGUUUUGGUCAGUGCGGCCUGCAGUCGACCUUCCUCAGUCAGCUCUGAGGAACCCGCAGGUUUCCUCAUGACUGACGCACAGCUCGAGCAUUGGCUCGCCACAACCGACGCCGAGCUCACUUUUGUCGGCCCACGGCCCACCUUCAACCCACUCAUCGCGCGCGCGGCCCAAAACACGAUCGUAACCUACUGCACAAAGCGCUCGGGGGAUCUCUGCACGGGCGUGUGCACCGUGUACAACGGCGGCGCGGCGUGUAUCCCUUCGGACCCGGACACGCAGUGCCUCGCGGCGAACAAGGAUGUCGGGUUCUGCACCAAGAGCGAGUGCGACGGCACGUGCAGUUCGCUCUCGCUGUGCGGGACGCAUCUCCUCGAUGGGUUCUGCUUCACGCCGGAGACGAAGUCUAUCGUUGUCUCGCCACUCUGA